AUGGCUGGCCUUGAGCAGAUCGAGGUCCAUUCAAGGAACUACCUGGUCCGCUGGGUCAAUGUCAAACAAGAGCAUACCAUCUCCUGGACCAUUCAGCCUCACAAGAAAUCCAUCAAUCUCGGCCUGUUCAAGCAUCCGGGACCACUCUCGAACCUGCAUUCCUCUUCGUCUACCUCCUUGGCGCCUCCUUCACCGGAUAAUGCGGCCGUCGACGAUGAUAAAGAGAAGCCCGAUACUCACUCCACUGCGAUCGAGAAGUUGACGAGCAUUGGUCUGAAGGUGGUAAGAUGGAUAGGCAAAUGUGAGGCCGACAGGGUGUCCCAGGGGAAGCACGAAGUACGUCUGGGUGAGGGUGGGAACUAUGCGUUGGUCUUCGACAACACCUUUUCCAAAAGCAUCUCUAAGACGGCGACAAUCUUCCUCCUCACGUACCCCACGGCAUGUCAAUCGCAGAUCCAGUUUGGCGCGCAGUUGCACCAUGGGCAGUCAAUGGCCAUGGCAAUGGCCAUAGCCAACACCUCUUCCCAGUUUUUCAAGAGAAGUCCUAAACUGAAAGCUAGGGAUAAAGAAUCCGUCGACUCCCUCAGACAGGCUUCCAUUAGCCAAUCUGCCGGUGGUACUAUUGCACCGGUUCCCGACCAAAGGAAACUUGCAGAGGACCCUUCUUCGAUUCACACGGGAGUGUUGCAAAAGCUGAGGCGAAAAAAACAUCAAGGAUAUGCGCGGAGGUUCUUUUGCUUGGACUACACCACUUCGACCUUGUCGUAUUACCGCGAUCGUAACUCUUCAGCUCUUCGUGGUGCCAUUCCCCUCUCUCUGGCUGCCAUCUCAGCCAACAGCAAAACGCGAGAAAUUUCAAUCGACUCCGGGGCCGAACUCUGGCAUCUUAAGGCGAACAACGAUGCAGAUUUUGAAUCAUGGAAACGGGCUUUGGAGACUGCGACUCGGCUCAUGCUAGAAUCCAAAACGCCGGUCGACAAUCUACGCCUUGAAAUGGGUGACAACACCGACGGGGAGAAAUCCGCAUGUGAAGAGCAGGAAUGGGCGAGGCUGGAGACACUGCUCAGUAGAAUAUCAGGCACACGAGAUGCUGUGCGCCGCCUCUGUCUGGAUACGUUGGCGCAGCCGGGGUCGCUACAUUCUCCGAAACUUGGAGCAACUUCUGCCAGCACCACGCCCACGGAGGCACCGAAUGGAGACGAUUACUUCAAACAAGACGAGAGGCGACCAUUUUGGAAGCGCAAAGUCAGUACGACUAAUAGCCAGGCCAGUAUCUUUAAACGCAGCGUUUCUGCGCAGCUAGCCGUGCCGCUCCCCGGUGUCGAGCCAAUCCUGCGAAAUGGGACGCCUCCUCCUCCAACAGUGCCUUCGACGUCGCGACCUCUCAUUCAUCACGAAGAAAGCAUGUAUGAUCAUUGCCGGGCAUUACUUCAUGAUCUCGACGGGGUGGUCAGUGAAUUCUCUCUGUUGAUGGCCGAGAGCAAGGUUCGGCGCACCACACCUCCGAAGUCUGCGGUUUCACGAUUGAGCCUCCAGACGGUCGACUCACAGGAGUAUUUUGAUGCAGAAGAUCAUAACCAUGUGCUCGAUAUUCACAGUGAUACAGAUCAUGAAGUUGAGACCGCCGAGGAAGACGAAGGCUCUGCGACCAGCAGCGACGUUGGGGAAGACUCGAUUCACGCAGUGAGGCGCCGAUCGGGGAGCGUGUUUUCAUAUCUUCCUCCUCGGGCCAGAUCAUUGGCGCCGUUGCCGCUGGAUCCGAUCCCUAGACGAGAGAACAUAGCCGCCCCGACAAUCAUGCCCCCCAGUCUUAUAGGAUUCCUCCGCAAGAACGUGGGCAAAGACCUGUCGACGAUCUCAAUGCCAGUAUCGGCGAACGAGCCUUUGUCCCUGUUGCAGCGAGCAGCCGAGCAACUUGAAUAUUCUCAAUUGCUGGACAACGCCGUCCGAUCCAGCGAUGCCUUUGAGCGACUCAUGCACGUGGCGGCAUUUGCUAUCUCGUCGCUUUCGAACACGCGAGUCAAAGAACGAUCAAUCCGUAAACCAUUCAAUCCGAUGCUUGGGGAGACGUUUGAACUGGUCCGGGAGGACCGGGGGUUCCGAUUCAUCUCCGAAAAGGUAUCGCACCGUCCUGUGCAGCUUGCACUGCAUGCCGAGUCUGAGAAUUGGACAUUCACUCAGUCACCUUUGCCGUCGCAGAAAUUCUGGGGCAAGUCGUCGGAGAUCAUCAACGAAGGGAAAGCGCGGCUGGUGCUUCACAGUACGGGUGAAGUAUUCAGUUGGUCGGCGGCAACGUGUUUCCUACGCAACAUCAUCGCAGGCGAGAAAUACGUGGAACCGACGGGCACUAUGACCAUCUACAACGAGUCUGCGGGUCACAAAGCGGUUGUCUCGUUCAAAGCCAAAGGCAUGUUUUCGGGCCGUAGCGAAGAAGUCGAGGUGCAAACAAUCGACGGACAGGGGCAGGAGCUCUCAAUGGGUCUGAGCGGCACAUGGACCCAGUCGUUGCAGUUGAAGGAGCCGGGCAAGCUGGGCCAGAGGACGACCAUCUGGUCGGCGGGACCGCUGGUGGAGAAUGCGCCGAAGCAUUAUGGCAUGACGCUCUUCGCGGCUCAGCUGAACGAAGUGACGGAAGCGGAACGUGGGAGAGUGGCGCCCACGGACAGCCGUCUCCGGCCAGACCAAAUGGCGCUGGAAAGCGGGGAUCACGAAACGGCGGAACAGGUCAAGAAUCAGUUGGAGGAGGCACAGCGGGCGCGGAGGAGGGAAUUGGAGGACAGCGGCGACGAGUGGAAGCCGAGAUGGUUCUCGAAGGUGGAAUUGGGCGACGAGGUGGUGUGGAGGUUGAGGACGGGGAAGGAAGGAUAUUGGGAAGAGAGAGCGCGGGGAGAGUGGACUGGGGUGGUGCCAGUGCUGCAAGUAUAA